AUGGUUGUUACAAAUGAAGAAAUAUUGAAAAGUUUUUAAGGAGAGAGUGAACUGUAGAAUUUGGUAGAGAUAUUAAAGGAUGAAGAUCUUUAAGAGAAUUUCAAAUAAGUAGUGGAAACAAUUAAAAAAUUAUUCACAUAAUAGGGGCAAUCAAAAGAAAAAUAUUUUGCAAUGAAAGUAUUAUCUUUAAUCAAAGAAUCAAGUUAAUGAUGCUAUUGAGUAAAAAAUAAAAAUUCCUUAACUAAUUUAUAAAGGCUAAAGAUCUAUUUGUUAUAUUAGAAGAACUUGCAUUGUGUGAUAAAUAAAAACCUUAUGAGAAGAGAGGGUUUUAAAUAUUUGGUGCAGAAGAAGGUAAUAAAAGAUGAUCAAAUAGAUAGAUCCAAACUUUAGUCAUAUGUUUUAUGAUACAUUGAUGGAAUGUAUAUCAUUUUGGGGAACAAAGUAUGAAAUGGAUUCAAAAGGAAAUGCAACAAUAUUUUUAAAGCUUCUUGAAGGUUUACACAAUUAAGGGUUAACACCAAAAGUUGAUUUAUAAUAUUUUGAGCUAACAGAGGAAUAAAGGGAGAAAUUAAAAAAUUAUACAAAGCCAACUGAAUAUUAAAAAUAAAAAAACAAUAUGAAUGAUGUUUCUUUAGACGAAUUGAAAAGGAUAUAUUAAGAAAUGUAUAAACAAACAAAUGAAAUUGUUGAGACUCUUGAACUAAAUGUAAAAGGAGAAGAAUAAGCAACUGAGGUUAUAGAUCAAAGUAAUUGUUAAUUAUAAUUUAAGUACUGGAGUUAGCAUUUAAGGAAGCAAAUGAAAUAAAACUCAAUUUAGAUUUACUAAAUGCUCGUCAAAAUGAAUUUGGUGAAGGUUAAAGAAAAUAGAUCGGUUAUAGAUUUAAAAUGAUUACAAAUUUUAUAGAAGCAUAUAAAAAAAUGAAAGAACAAGGAUUUACUGAUGAAAAUUAUUAGAUUUUUAGAUAUGAAUUAUUAUUAGCAACAAGAGAAAUUUCAGGAUCUGAAAAACCUCAACCACCUAAAAAUUUAGGAAAACCAGCUUAAUAAUAAUAAUAAUAAAUAAAUAAAUAACCUGAAUAAAAUGUGUAAUAAUAAUAGAUUCCAAAACCACCAUAAUAUUCAGAUAGAAGACAACCUUAACCAUAAUAAGUUUAAUAACAACCAACUAGGAAAUUGCCUGAAAUAUAAAAAUCAAUUUAGUAAUCUACACCUUAUCAUCCUUAAACUUAAUAAGCAUAUUAACCUUAAACAUAGGUUAGAGCUCCAUAACCAUAAUAAUAAUAUUAACCUCCUAGAUAAUAGAUUUAACCUUAUUAACCACCACCAAAACAAGUAUAACCACCUGCUUUUAAGAAGUUACCUACAAAUAGAUCACAACAUGAACAUAUUCAAACUCCAAAUAAAGGAUAAUUUGAUGAUUAAUAUGAUAAUAGGAGUUAGAGUUCAUAAUUUUCAGGAAAGGAUUUCUAUUUGAAAGGAUAAUUAGGGAUUAUUUCUAAAACUUAUGAAGGAUAAUUUAUUCCUUAUGAUGAUAGAAAUUUCUCAAUUUUUGAAGAGAUAUAUAAUAAUACUGGAAUUAAUAGAAUAAAAAGAGCAAAUUUAAAGAAAAAAUAUUCAAUAUUUGAAUCUUCAGAUAUUUAAAUUGGAUUUGAUUCAAAUUUGGUAUAUCAUGAUAUUACAAAUCGUUAUUAUUUAAGAAUUCGUUUAUGUUUUGGAAAUAAGACUUAAUCAAUAUUAUAAAAUUUCUAAUAUUCUUUUGAAGGAGAAUAAUGUAUGGGAUUAUGGUCAUAAGAACCUAUCCAUUAACAUGAUCGAGGCCUAGCAAAAGAUUAGUAAGGAAGAAUUCUAUUAAAUCCAGGUUAAUAGAUGUAUAUUCCUAUAUGCAUUAAUUAUAAUCGUGUUCCUUAUGAAAGUAUUUCUGCAAAGUUUAGUUAUGAAAAUGAGGAAGAAUAAAAAACCUCAAGUUUCAUAAUUCCUUGUUUGUUAACUAAAUUCAUGAGUUUCAGAGAAACAACAAUAGAAUCAUUUUAAAAAAGAUGGGAGUAUAAAUCUAAAAGUAUUUUAAAAUCAGAGUAAGUAACUCUAAAUCCUAAAAUUAUAAAAUCCAAAGAAGAUUUUGUAAAAUUAUUUGGUGAAUAUAAUAUAUUGGUUUUAAGUGGAUAAUAAACUUUUCUGAAAGAAUGUAAUUAUUAAUAUAAUAAAUUUUAGUGAAUAAUGAAAUGGAAGGCUAUGAAUUUGGAUUAGUAUUUACAUUAAGUAGUCCAUAAAUAGAAUUCUUAUUGAAAAUAAUAGUAUUUCCAAAUUAAACAGUUUUAUUUCAGAUAAUACCUUACUCUUCCUAUUAAACUUAAGCAGAGGCAUUUUUACACACAUUAAUUUUUAUAUUUUGUUUGCCAGAUUGA